UGUUUAUUUGAAUUAAAAUCAGAAGGGCUUCCGUUCUGCAGAUCCCAGAAUUUAAAAGGGUGGUAAAGUGUCCGAUGGGGGUGACAUAUCCUUUGGAAGUUCGGUACUGCGACAACUGCUCGCUGCCGACCGAGUAUUGCGAGUACUUUCCAGGACGGAUUAUGUGCAAUUCUUGGCUGUCCAACGGGAAAAGCUUAGGGAAGCAGGAAGAUGACAACUCGAGGAAAAAGGGAGUGAGGCGGAACUCGCAAAAACCGGAGGUAUGCCUCAGCUGGGCCCCGAGGGGGAAGCGAAAAUCCGUCACCGUCAUCACGGGACUUAGCAACUUCGGCGUAGACCUGAAAACCGCAUCAAGCUACUUCGGCUCCAGUCUGGCGACAGGGGCGUCGGUCACUGGGGAAGACGAGAUCGUCGUCCAGGGCGACGUGAAAGAGAAGAUCCGCAAGCUCAUACCGGCACGUUGGCCGGCCAUCACUUCAGACUUGAUCGGAGACUUGGGCUACCUCAGAAGAUAACGCCGAAUUAAUAUGCCUAGGCGGUAAAAUAACCCAAGUAUAGACCACUAUGCUGAAAUAGCAUUUCUUCUUCAAGAUUUGACGAUAAGGAUGUAAUUUUUCCACUUAUGAUAAUUGUAUGUCAACCCUUCAUAGAUGCUUAUAAAAAAUGUAUUUGUUGGUU